AUGAAGGACCAGGCAAUCACCUCUCUGUCAGCAGCUCUAAGACACAUUAGGGUGCUAAUGGACACAGUGCCACAGCCUGAAGAGAGCUUAGAGGUGAUAUAUGAGUGGGUGGAGGACUGGGACCAGACUUGGGCUGGCAUCUACUCAUGGUGGAAGUAUGUCAAUGAGAACAAGAUCUCCAUCCUGAAGGUGUGCAAUGCCAAUCUACACAACAUGACCAAAGAAUCUGCAAUACAGCAGAAUGAGGUGAUCCCAGUGGCUAUAGCAAUAGUGGAUCUUUGGCAGCCAGAAGGGCAGCAUAGAUUCAACAUUGACAACCUUUUUGAGGACUACCGGGGGUGGGUAGAGGAGAGAGUGCGGUUGGAGGCCAAGAGGUUGGCCAAGGCACCAUCCAUGCACACCUGGGGCCAAGCAGCAAGAGGUGAGGGUCAAGACUGUGCACCAGAAGACACCAAAGGAUACCCAUCAAGAGGAGCUGCAUGUUUGACAGGGGGGGCUCUGGUAGCACAAGCAAGGGAAAAGGGAAACAGAAGGCCACCAGCAAGGAGGACAAGCUGGCUGACAACAUCAAUGAUGAUGAGGGCAAUGGCAAAGGCAAAGGAGAGCCAGGUCCUUGUGGCUGGAGACAAUGAGCCCUGCAAGACAUGUGCCCAGGGAGCCAGAGUUGUCCUGCACAUGGUGCAGGAAAGUGAAGUGCUUGUGCUUGUGCUCUUGUGGAGUAGGGAGAAAGUACCAUUGGGGAGGCAGGGCCAUCCCACAAAUGAGUCAAAUUGA